AUGUGGGACAAAGAUUCUACAGCCCCUUCUGCUACGUCUGGGAAGCUCUCUUCUGAUGACCCAGAAUCAAAAUUGGCUGUCACUACAUCCUGUAAUUCAGUGCCACAGAUUCUUCCUACAGAUAAGGAACUAGACAAAGUUUACCGUCAUUUGGAUUAUAGGAUAAUUCCCGCAUUAUGGUGCCUUUACUUCCUUACUUCCUUUGGCUCUUCUGCUUACGGUAACACUCUUACCAUGAACUAUGAGACAAAUCAUUCGUUGGCAGCGUCUUUGGACUUAAAAGGACACGAUCUUUCCACCGCAAGUGCUUUAUACUAUGUGGCUUAUAUUAUUUUUGAUCUUCCUAUGAACUUGAUCAUGACUCAACUUUCGCCUCAAGUUUGGCUUUGCCGUAUUGUGGUUACUGUCGGUGUUUGCUAUCUGUGUUACUCUGCUCUUCAUAAUGCUUCUGGUCUUAUUGCCAUUAGAUUCAUGUCAGGCUUUGCCGGGUCUGGUACGUGGCCUGGAAUGACUUACUAUAUAUCUCUUUGGUACCCUGAGCAGAGAACCGCAAGAAGAAUUGGUUACUACUUCACUGCUGCUCAGCUUAGUGCUGCUGCUGCAGGCCUAGUUUCUGCGGGUUUCCAGAAAAUGGAUAUGGUACACGGAUACUUUGGCUGGAAGUGGUUGUAUAUUGUUUACGGUACCAUUCUCAUAGUAGAUGGUAUUUCACUUAUAUGGUGGCUUCCUGACAGACCUCAGUACUUGGCGGUCAAUUCCAAAUGGAAUAGACAUAUCUUGCCUAAAAGAUUCCAAAAGUAUUUUACCCCAAAACAGCCAUUAUCACACGAAGAACGACAAAUGCACGCUGUGGACAUGAAACAAAGAUAUAAAAGAGUGUCUUGGGGCGUGAAAGAUUUGGUUAGAGUGUUGAUGGAUGUCCGUACUUGGGCCCUCAUCAUUAUGUAUUUUGGAGUGGUUGGUGUUGGCUACGGCUUGGCUGUUUUUGCGACAACUUUAAUCAAAGUUAAUAACCCAAAUCUAUCUGGCAUAUCCAUCUCUUUAUUAUAUGCUCCCAUUUGGUUGUUUGACUUUGCUUCGAUCUUGAUUGUCACUCCAUUUGCUGAUAGAUACAAGCAGAAGAGAUACGUUUUCUUCUGUGGUGCAGCUGUUAUCAUUAUAGUGGGACUUUUAGUGACUACAUAUGCGAAAAGUUCUUGGAGUAGAUGGGGAGGAUUACUUAUUGCUGGAUUUGGCUUAGGACCGACCGUUCCUAUUUGUAUGACGUUAGCUUCAGAGAUCAUGACCAAAAUCUACGGCGAUGUUGGAUGUGCAGCAGCUGCUGCUAUUGUGUCGGGCCUCGGUAAUUUGGGUUCGGUGACAUCUACAUACGCCUUAUACAGUGGAUGGCCUUCUGAUGAAAAGAAUCUCUACAGAAAUUCAAACAUGAUUUUAGUGUUGAUGUGUGGUGUCAGUAUCAUUGCAUGCCUUGCUCUUACUUUGAUGAGAAGUCACAUGAGCGAAGAGCCAAUUGAGGUGCAACAGAAGAAAAAACAAGAACAAGAACAACAAGAAUAG